AUGGCUCUUUCAUGGACAGCAGGGGCUUGGACACUGGCAGCAUUGGGUUUUCUUAGCUGCUGUAGUUUUGGCUAUUGUGAUGCCUCAAGGACUAGUGGUUUGACCUCAGGAGGGAGUAAACAGGAGCAAGGACCCUCAUCAUUGGAACGAGUGAAGAGAGGAUGGGUGUGGAACCAGUUUUUUGUUGUUGAGGAGUACACGGGCACAGAGCCACUCUACGUAGGAAAGAUCCAUACAGACUCUGACGAAGGAGAGGGGAACAUCAAGUACACUAUCUCUGGAGAAGGGGCGGGCUCUAUCUUCAUCAUCGAUGAGGCAACAGGAGACAUCCAUGCCACAGAGAGACUGGACCGAGAACAGAAGGCUUUUUACACACUUAGGGCCCGGGCCCGGGACCAGCUUUCCAAUGACCCUCUGGAACCAGAGUCUGAGUUUGUCAUCAAGGUCCAGGACAUCAACGACAGUGAGCCCAAGUUCUUGGAGGGUCCCUACAUCGGCAGUGUGGCAGAGCUGUCCCCCAUAGGAACAUCCGUGAUGAAGGUUACCGCGUCGGAUGCUGACGACCCUACAUACGGCAGCAGUGCCAGAGUGGUGUACAGCGUAAUGGAUGGAGAAAAGAUUUUCACUGUUGACAGACACACAGGAAUCAUCAUGACAGCAGUGGCAGAUUUGGACCGUGAGACACAGGAACGGUACGAGUUGGUCGUCAAGGCAACAGACAUGGCAGGACAAAUGGGCGGUCUCUCCGGCUCUACCACGGUGACCAUAGUGAUCACGGAUGUUAAUGACAACCCACCGCGCUUCCCACAGAAGAUGUACCAGUUUUCUGUGUCGGAGGGGGCGGCUGUGGGGACACCAGUUGGACGCAUCAUUGCAACAGAUGCAGACAUGGGAGAGAACACAGACAUGAGCUAUCUGAUCAAAGAGGAAGGGGAGCUCUUCAAAGUCACUACAGAUGUGGAGACACAGGAAGCAAUUGUCUCCAUCAAGAAGCCACUGGACUUCGAGAGCAAGCGCACACACAAUGUUGUUGUGGAGGCGGUGAAUAAGCAUGUUGACCCUCGCUUCGUAGACCUGGGUUCCUUCCGAGACCAGACCAUUGUUCGCGUCAGUGUGUCGGACAUAGAUGAGCCACCCAUCUUUCAACCAGCGGAGGGCGCUAUCAUGGAGGUGCAGGAGGAUGCCAAAGUAGGAGCGAUGGUUGGCAUCAUCACUGCCAGGGAUCCAGAUGUAAAGAAUAAACCUGUCAGGUUCUCCAUCGAUCGGACCACGGACCUGGAGAUGAUCUUUCGUAUUGAUCCAGAUUCGGGUGCCAUCACACUGGAAAAGAUUUUGGACCGGGAGACCGCAGGAUGGCACAACAUCACAGUGAGGGCUGUAGAAGCAGAUAACCACACCAUGGCGUCCCACUCAGCAGUUAGUAUUCGGAUUCUGGAUGUAAACGACAAUCCUCCUGAACUGGCCACACCGUACGAAGCCUCGAUAUGUGAAGAUGCCAAACCAGGCCAGCUAAUUCACACCAUCAGUGUGGUGGAUAGAGACGAGCCCCAAACUGGUCAUCGCUUCUACUUCACCUUGGCCCCUGAAGCCUCCAGCAAUCGACACUUCACCCUCUGGGACGUUAAAGACAACACAGCUGGUAUCCGGACCCAGCGGUCGGGCUUUAACCGCCAUGAGCAGAAUGUGUACUUCCUGCCUAUCCUGGUGGUGGACAGCGGGCCUCCCUCCCUCAGCUCCACAGGCACCCUGACCAUUCACGUCUGUGGCUGCGACACAGAGGGAGCCAUCCAGUCCUGCAAUGCCACGGCCUACGUAAUGAGUGCCGCUCUCAGCCCGGGGGCGCUCAUAGCACUACUGGUCUGCAUGCUCAUCCUCAUAGUCCUCGUCUUGCUGAUCCUGACCCUGAAACGCCACAGGAAGGGCCAGAGGAUGACGGAGGAUGAGGAGGACAUGAGGGACAACGUCAUCAAGUACAACGACGAGGGCGGAGGGGAGCAGGACACUCAGGCGUACGACAUGAGCGCCCUGAGAAACCUCUAUGAUUUCCCAGAGGCAAAGAGCUGUGACUCUGGCCCAGACAUCCGCUCCCUGCCACAGUGGAUACAGUCGAACCGGGUGGGUGGUGGUGCAGAGGGUGCUGCAGCAACAGCGGCAGACUUCUCCCUAUUCAAAGGCUACAUCCGAAAGAAGGUGGAGCAGGCCGAUGCUGACCUGUCGGUGCCGCCGUAUGACUCCUUCCAGACGUACGCCUUUGAGGGCACCAGUUCACCGGCGCUUUCACUAAGCUCCAUCCACACGCUGUCCACCACCUCCGAGCAGGAUUUCUCCUACCUCAGCGACUGGGGACCACGUUUCAGGCAACUGGCGGGCUACUACGCUCCAGGAAACCCUGAGGAGGAAGGGUCCUAG